UAAAAGUAUGGUGUUAUUAAUACUUAUUUAUAUAUCACACUAUUGUGAGGGAUUAGGUACUCCUGCAAUCACUGUUAAAAAUGAUGUCGGAAUGCUUAGAUUAUUUCAACCAACAUUUGUUGGGAGAAACGUGACGUUCGAAUUCAUACCGACUACACCGACUUCAAUAGGCGAUGUCAGGUGGUAUUAUAUAAAACAACCAGGGUCACCUGCAGAAGCAAUUGAAGAGGAUGAUUUACGUGUUCAGCAUCAGGGAAAAUCUACCUUACUCACAAUAGCUGACGUAGAUCGGAGUUUCAAUGGUACCUCUGUAUACACAUCAGUUGGCAAUAAAAGCAUAUCGGCAUUGCUCGAAUUGAAUUUAAAAGAUUACACAAAUGCGAACAGCUGUGGAGAACUGUACUUUUUAUCGAAGGGACCGUAUUUUGCGGGAGACAAUUUAAAUCUUGGAUAUGUUUCGUCACCAGCAGUUGCAAAAGAAAAAGAUGCAAACAGGUUUUCUGUAGAACUCAUCAAAGGCAAUAAUAAAGACCUGACGCCCAUUCAACUAGCAAACGGAGUCGUAGAGCUUGACCAGGAGGGCGCUGAGUAUAUCUUUACUAUGUUCAAUGUUAAGAAAAGUGACAGUGGAGCGUAUUGGAUACAGUGUGGGUACAGUGAAGUUUCUGCAAAGAACUCUAAUAUUAUCACUGUGUCAAUUAAAGGGAAGCCGAUAAUAGGUCCCUUGGCCAACAUUUCUACAUGCAGAGAGUGUAUCAUUUUAAGGCCAAACGAAACACUUGCAAAAGUGUACUGCGAAAUGGAUGAAACAGUUGAAGAGUAUAAUGAAACCAAUGUCAAGUUUGAAAUAGGAAUAAAUCCGUAUGAUUCACGCAAUUUGUCAAGGAAUCGAUUUGGUUUGAAUUCAUCUGACGAACCAGCAGAUGCAAUACAUCAACUGAAUGUUAUUUGUACAGUCUUUGGAGUACACCGUAACAUGUCAGUAAAAGCUUCAAUAUUUGUUGUCGUACGUCCCAAAGGUCCACCGUAUAUCUCGGUGAAUGGAGAACUUUUGGAGGGAGAAACAGUGGAUAUAACUUGCAGUUCAUCGAGCGCAAGGCCGCCUCCAUUGCUGAGAUUUCUUGUCGAAGAUAUUGUUAUUGAUACCAAUACCAAUGUAUCAACAACGAUUGACGGCUCAACCGGAUUAUACACAUCUGUAUCCACACUGUAUUCGUUUAAGAGGGAAUGGGGAAACAAGAACAUGACCUGUCAACAGUUUCCAGAGAUGAAUGGAUUAUAUCAUGAGAGUGUGUCAAACAGUGUAUACAUAUUAUACAAAUAUCCCCCAUCACGUCUCAUUAUCGUUAUUGAGCAAGACGACCUAUCAAAAGUUAUUACCGCAAGUUGUUCAUCGAUGUUCGCUAAUCCAGCUUGUAAUAUUAAAUGGGAAUCAACAAUUCAACAUUUUAAGUACACUUCAAUUGAAAAUCGUACAUUUAAGGAAGUUACAGAGUCAAAAAUUAGUUUCAGCGCUAAAAAUGAAGAUCAUGGAAAACAAAUAAGAUGUUGUUCUGAAUGUCAAUACUUCAAGAAUACUCUUACAAACGCAACAACUGUUAUAUUCUCAGAAAAGCCGACAGUGGUUGUCUAUUCAACCCCCGUUUUACCCGUUCCACCAAAUACCAACAUAACGCUCACAUGUGUUGUGAAUUCUCAUCCUGUUGGAAAUAUCACUUGGACGAUGGUGGAAUCGUCUAAUUCAAUAUCAACACAAACAAAGACGUGUUCUAAUACACCAGCAUGCACUUAUGAAAUGACUACAUCUGACGUUGAGCAGGUUUAUUCGUGUUAUGCACAGAACGAACAUGGCAGUGACGAACGGUCAAUUGUAAUUGUUGAUGAGCUAAGAUAUAAAGAAGAUAAAACUGGUUCAGAUUCUGGCAGUAUGGGCGUUGCAAUGGUGACUGCGGGCGGAAUUGCACUUCUUUUUGUUGUUAGUGUUGGCGUGUGUUUAUAUCUACAGCGCAACCAAGCAAAGCUGCAGUUUAUGAACGAGAAUGACACAAUUCAGCUGGCACAACUUCAGCCACCGCCAGUGGCAGAACGAGAUGACGUAACACAUGCACAUACUGGCGUUGCUGAAUAUGCUGUUAUCCACGGGACAAACAGAGAUCUAGAAAACGUUGCUCCGUCUUCUAGCAUAUGUAUGCAUUCAUGUGAUGUUAUGAAUGAGUGCGUCGAAAAUGCAGCUACUAAAAGUUCAGCCCACGUAGAACAACCAUCAAACGACAAUAGUAUUCCAUUGGAAACAGGUCCUGAUGUACGUCGAUGUCAAAGUAAAGAACAUAUUAACACAACAGACAACGAAAAUGACGAUGGUAUUUCUAUGCAGAAUCAGCUAAUGAACGAAGACUCACCAAAUGCUGAGAGUCCAAAACGUUCGACCAAUGAGCUAGUGUACGCAGAUGUCGAUAUCGAGCACUUGGAGAAAUUUCGUGUAGGACUUCGUACGUGCAGUGACGACGAGUUUACAGAGUAUUCUGACAUUGUAUUUGGAGCAUCUAGUAGUGUUAAACCUGACUCAUCCAAUGAAAAUGUGUGACCACUUGAGUUUAAGUGAUUUAAACAAUUCUAUUUUGCAAGAGACGGAUGCAGACCCUGUCCCGUUGAAUAACACUUUUGUUUUGUGUUUGUUGCAAUUACGUCUAAAUGGUGUAAUUUUUUUAAUUGUUUUCUUAUGAUAUCCGAUCAAGCGAGCUGGAUUGCUUUAUGAUGUGAGUGUAUGUGUAUCUGUUUCUUCCAAGUACCUAUUAUACACAACAUCUAAUUGAUGUUGGUAUUGGUAUGCUUUAAUAUGAUAUCAUACGCAAGCAUUAUAACAGUGUAUAUAUUGAAUUAUAAUUUAUUGUCUUCAUGUGGAGAACAUUUUAAGAGAUAACUGGUUAUUGGGGAGUUUGUUUGUAUGUAUGCAUUGCUUUACAUUUACUUUUGAUGAGCGUUACUACAUGUAAACCAGUCAGAAGAACAUUUUUGCGAGAAGAAUUGGAAUACCAGCUGGUGGCCAACAUUUAAUGGUCAUUUUACAAGUAAAGUAUACAUGUAGAUU